GUGGUGAGGCAGUAGUGUGUUGUGAGACCUCCUGGUCUGGUGUUUCAGUUCCUGAACCAAUAACGUGCCUCUAUAUCCCCUUUACGCCCCAUCACCCACGGGAUGGGUAUGGGGUGCAUAAUGAAGGACUAAAUAAGAUGGUAAUAGUUUCGUUGGAAAUGAGGAAGUGCUGUGGUUUGAGUGACAGAUCUAAGGAAUUUAAUGACACAAAAAUAUACAGAUUGACAAGACUGGUGACUGGCCAAACCAACAUUACCAGAAGCUGUCGCAUGAAUUGUCAUACGAAGCUUCCCGAUCACUUCUGACUGGAUUUAGCGCACUAUGACGACUUGCUACCUGAAGUGACCCCUCAGCCUUGAGAUGAGUUUAUGAACAGUGCACUCAAUUCACUUUACAAUGUCCUCGCAUAAUGAACCACAGUGACCCGUCGCAACUUCACAGUGACCGAAGCCGAACUUUAGUGACCCCGAUAAAGGUGUUGUGACCAGUGACUAUGUUGGGAAGACCUGGAAAGGAUGAGAACCUUGCCGUCAGAAGGCAGCCGGGCGGCGAUCAGAGAGCACGCAAGCAGGAGUGUGGGGUCCCACCUUCGUAGUGGUGUGGGGUCCCACCUUCGUAGUGGUGUGGGGGCGGCGGUGGUGCUCUGCUGUCUGCUGGCUUCUCCCACAGUCCACGCCACCAUCAACCACCGUUCAUACUGCGGGGAGUCGUCCUAUAGUCACCGCUACUACAUGAGGAUCGUUGGAGGAAGGAACGUGGUGGCAGGAGAGUGCCCCUGGCACGUGGCACUGCAGCAGAAAGAUCCCUUCAGUGGUCGACGCCUCGGCCAGCACUGUGGUGGCACCCUCAUCCACCCCUCCUGGAUCCUCACAGCCGCACACUGCAUCGUUGACCCGAUAUUCAAGUUUGCGCUGCCUCCUCCUUUUUGGACAGUCCGAGUGGGAGAGAUCAGUCUCUCUGCUGAGACUCUACGACUCUAUCCUGUCUCCAGGAUCAUCACACACAAGCAUUUCGAUUCCAAAACCUGGGACAACGACAUUGCUCUAGUUCAGCUGCGGAAGCCCUUGGAUCUGGAGGAACAUGCUGGCCUGGUGAACACUAUUUGUCUGCCUUCCAGAAACAUGUCUUUCGUCGGCCUCCAGUGUUCUGUUACGGGCUGGGGCAGGACCAAGAAGCACGGGAGCCACUCAGACCUACUUCAGACAAUUCGGGUGCCCAUCAUGGCUAACAAAAAGUGUCAACGAGCUUACAGAAAGAUCAGUCCUGUAAGCAGCAGCAUGAUUUGUGCUGGCUGGGAGGACGGAGGCAUGGGACCAUGUGUGGGUGACAGCGGUGGGCCUCUACAGUGUCGGACAAAAGGUGGACCAUGGAUCCAGGCUGGUAUUACUUCCUGGGGGGUAGGGUGUGCCGAGCCUUCGUAUCCAGGUGUCUACAUCAGGGUCACAGACUACCUCGACUGGAUCUACAAGCACCUUGAGAAGAGCUCUUGACUGCAUUGAAGAAAUUCACUUUACAAUUAAAGCAGGUAUAAAUGUACUGUACAGUAAUUUGUAUAUUUUUAGUUAUAUGAUGUGAGAAAAAGAUUAAAGUAUCGUAGUAGCAAAUUUUGUAAUAUUGUAUUAUAGAAUAACUGACCUGUAAGAUAAGAUUGCUGAAGUAGAUUUUGAAGCAGAGCAGUGUUCAUUUUUUUUUCAACUAUCCUCUUUAGAGUUCUUGCACUUACAGAAAGUAAUUGUUCUUAGUAAAUACUUUCUUUAUCUCAAUUCUGUUUGCAUGAAGACACGUCAAAUUUAGUAGUUCUCGAGUAGCUGUUUAGAUACCAACUUAAAAAUAAGAAAAAUGUGUACUGUAUCUAGAACAGCAGAAAGUAAUAUUAUGGAGUCAUUACCUAGAGGUACGUAUAAGAUCUUAUUUAACUGAAGUAGCAAUGAGAAUCAUUUUGCCAAAUAUGGGUCAUCUUGGAAGAAUAAGUCCGAAAAGAAGGCACCCAAGCCAGGGAGACUAUUAGCGCCACCAGUGUCACUGGAUCUUGGAAGAAUAGGGAUAGUUAUAAAUGUCAAAUUGAAUUAUUUAUAUAAACAGGAGUAUAAUACUGUAUGAGUAGAUGGAAUUAUGAGAACGCCUUUUCAUGUGGCGUUAAGUGCUGAUUUCAGCAUUGUAAGCCCUAUUGACUUAUUUUCUUGGUUACUCAGAUCACUGAAUGUUAGUCAGUCAUUAACUGGAUCAGAAUACUGUAUUGCCUUGUUGGCUACUAUUAUUCCAACUGUUGAUAUACCUAUAUAUUUUGUUUUAUAUCAACUGUGUAAUAACAUUGAAUAAGUGUACCACAGAUUAUAAGUGUACCUUAAGUGACCGUGAGUAAGACUGUAAUAGUGAUGAAAGCAAUAAUUUAAUGAUUUAGGACUUUUUUUUUAAGCUUUUAUUAUAUUUAAAACUUACGAAUGUGGCUUGACAUUGAUUGGAACUUCAGAGCAACAGACUGUCUUCUAAUCCCAGUAUUGUAUACAGUGCUCUAUUUUAGGGUUGAUAGAAAAUAUUUUAUUAUUUUCAUUGUUUUUAUAAUUAAAAAAUGAGCAGACUGCAGUUUUUGUAAAUAGUCUAGAAAUGUAUGUAACUACAAAAUUGAAGAUAAAUUUAUUAUCAACCCACCAUUACAUUAGUGGUCAAGCCUGUUAUUUUUUGUAUUAAUAUUCUCAAGAAGAUUUACAGUGGAACUUUAAGACAUCCAUGUUGUAGCAACAGACAUUUCUGCUUCAAUAAUACUGAUCUUGAGGACAACAACAAAUAACUGAUGUCUUUACACAAACUAUGCACGAUAAAAUUAUGAAUAUAAUUUUAUGACUAAGAGUAAUAAUUCUUUUAUACGAAUUAAUAAUUUAUUAGUAUUUAUAAGAGAAAUAAUACAAGAUUAAUAGUUGUAAAUCUUUGAAUUAAAAUGUAUAUAGAAAGAUAAUUACUCAAUAUUUACUAGCCAUUAGGUUGCUUUUUAUACGUGUUGCUUUCAAGCAAUAUUUAAAAAAUGAAAGACAAAACUGAUUAGGUUUUUGUUUAAUUAUAAAAUGUUUAACUCAAAUGACCUAUUAAGCAGGACUCGUAGUGCCACAUUUAUAAUGUACUGAAUAAUUGCUUUGAAAAUGAGUAUGUAUUAAGGAUGUUUUGAACAUAAUAGAUUUCAGAAUACAAGUGUAUAAUUGUGUGCUAUUUUUGUAAGUAAAGUCAGUACUACUGUACAUUAAAAUAGAACACAAAUUAAUGUACUUUACAAAUACUGUAUUUAAUGAAGUGUAUAUAUAUUAGAAUUUUAGCACAACUGUUGCAAUGGCAAUAUUAGUUAUUUUAAGGUAAUUAAAACUAGAAAUUCAUUUUUGUUUGGCUAAUUACCAUUAUUCUUCAUAGGGUACUUAACUUUAUAUACAAAAAUAUUUCAAUCUUAUAAAAUUUAAAGCGAAAUUAACGUUUUAUUUUGGUAGGUUGAGCACGCGCAAUAUUCUUUGCAUAAUAUUAGUUAAAGAUUACCAACUGAAAUAAAUGCCCAACCCAUAUGGCUUGUAAUAGUUGAUUAAACAUCGAAGUAAAACUGUAAAAAUUAAGUAAAAUAGGAUCGAACUCGCAUCUCUAGCAUUGCCCGAGGCAAUACUCUCCUAACAUCACUCUGCAAAAAUAACAAAUGUUGUACUAAAUAUACCUGAGGUUUGAAAAUCGCCUACCUGCUACCCACAAUCAAAUUUUUACAUACUACCAGCUGAUAAUUGAGUGGGGGUAGUCAGUUUCUUCAUCUCCUUAUCCUGUCAUUAUAAAAUGAAUUGCCAAGAUACAAUGUUAUAAUAUUGCUACUACCACCAUAAAUGGGAUUUUGGGUACAAGCUACACGCUUCCAUACACCAGGUAUAUUUAGUAUAACAACUAGUAACUUUCAAUAUAAGAUAUUUAUAUAAGAUAUACCACUCGCCUACUGGCGAGCUAUGUAUAGGAUGUCAGGGAUUAGAGUUCUAUCCCAUCAAAUUGCAUCAAUAUUUUUAUCUGUAUGGAUAAAAAUAUGUAUGCAUGCUCUCCAAAUUACCCACUUGAUUUUAACCUAUUUUCAAAGUAAAAUUAUUAAUAUUUUAUUAUAUUCAAUACCAAAACAAUUGAAGCACAUAAUACUACUGCAUCAAACUCUGCCAAUGCUUUUCAAAAUUAAUCAAAAUAUUGAAUAUCACUUUUUAUAAAAAAAUAAGUGAUAUCCAAUUAUAGUAUUUACAAAAUAAUAAAUUAAAAUGAUUU